AUGUCCCCGAGGGAGCUUGCGACGGUCGUGGACCUCCCCAGUAUAUCGGUCAAUGUGAACGAGGAUGGAGGCGUCUCGGUGUCGACGCCCUGGGGUUCAGUGAAUACGGAUGGAAACGGUACCAGCGUUCAUGGUUUCACUCCCACGAGCAUUGGCAACGUGACGUGUGCGAAUUUGGGUCCUUGGGAUACGGCCGCGGAACCGACGUGCGAGACAGCCUUGCCAGCUUUCUACGAGUCGACCACCACCUUCGCCGGGACUUCGAAACCGAAAAUCCGGAAAAUUACUAUGGACACAUUCUGCACCACACCCUGCGGCGACACCUGGACCCGGGCCGUUUUUGCCCACAGCUUGCGGUGUUCCCCUGGCGUAGGAGGGAACGGCUCGGCGGCCGGAGGAGUGGUUGUCGACGUACCGGGAGCCGCGGUAUCCACAGGACCGGGCGGAAGUGUGGAUGUACAGGCCCCUGGUACGACCGUGACAAGAGAUCCGGGCACGGGCGCCGUCCAGGUGGAGUUCCCGGGGGGAAGGGUGCACGCGGGGAAUGGGAGCGUUGCGGUUGCGUCGGCGGCCUCCCCCGCCCAGACAGCACGCACGCCGGCCGCCACGACCUCAGGAGGGCCCACCUUCCCCGUGGAUUACCCGGGCCUGCGCCUGGGUUGCAUCAAGGACCCCAAGGACGAGGAGUUUUGCGCGGUGAAACGGGCGGCAGUGCCGGGGGUAGGGGGAGACGCGGAGGACGGAGGCCCUGCUUGCGAUUUUUAUCUCUCCUGCUGCUACGCCCAGUAUGUGCAAACCUUUGGCAGCGUGCCAACUGAAUUUGUGGAGGAGGUAGAGGCGGCUUGCCCGGGUUCGACGGCGUUUUUGCAAGGCAGUGUCUGUACGGCGUAG